GUCGCGCAGAGAGUCAGCGCAGUGGAGGAAAAGUUCGCUGGACGAGUGUCAAACUCGACUCCGCGUCUGUUGGAUGAUAACCGGCCUGGAGCCCUCGUGUGUGGGGCCCUGCGAGUGGAUUACACUGCUCUACUGCAGAUGCAUGUUGGGAGCGAUCAAAACACUAGAACACACAUCGGCACAUCUGGCCAUGCACUGUACGCCGCGACUGUGACCGCGCUAUCAAGGAAAUUCCUCGGCCCUCCAGGGUCACCUCCGUGGGUUCUCUAUCGGCAGCUGCAGCAAAACAAUGGAUGCAACGGAACAAGGGAGAUUCCUAGGAGACGCGAUGACCACUGAGAAAAAUCAGACACAUUUGGGAAGUGUAGUGUUUCCUCAGAGAUCUUCUCCAUCCAAUGGAAGCAGACCCUGCAAACAUGCCAGACAUGCAAAUGGCAACCAGGAAGUACGACGGUACUCUGACCAGUCGUUGCGGUCAGGACAGAGGAGCAGUCCUUUCCCACUCUUACACAGGAAGCUGUCAAGUGACAGUGGGCGAGGGACAGUUUUGGACGAGGAACGCGUCUGUUUGGAUUGCAACUUAGAACUAUUACGUACUGAGAGGAAACCUCAUCCAGAGCUGUCUGCCGGCAAGAGGAUUGAAUCAAUAACCAACACAGUUGCUGCAAUACCUGGGAAAAGUUCAGGGGCGUCUCAAUGCCAGCUGGACACAACUGGAGAAGGUGGGGAUGCUGGCAGAAACAGAACUGGCGGCACUUGCUGCUCCUGCACAGUGUCAAGCCUUGACAUGAGUCCAAACACGUCGCCCAGUCCAAGCUCCCACUCCAGCCCUGUUCACAGUCCUCAGCUCAGCUCCAGGCCCUUAAGACCAGAGCAGCGACACAUCCGCCGCAGAAGCCUCCCUGUGUCCAUGCAGGCUUUCCAAAAGAUGUCACCAUGCCUCUUGUCGCAGUGCAGUCCAUCCAGUGAACCAAGUUCUUUGGUGUCCUCUCCCUGUGGUUCCCCCCAAACCAACCGCAAACAUCAUCAACACCAGAACGGACGCCUCAGCCGGCACCAUCUCAAAGACGGUUACUCCAGUUUGGAGAGGCUCAACAGGAAGCCCAGGGUUAAAAAGGGUUCACUGGAGAAACUCUUCGUACGGCGGGAAUCCCUUGAAACCGUGGCGAGCACCUUGGGUCAUGGUGGGAGGUCACACUCAGGAGGGACCAGGCUUAGCAGCGGGGACAGCAGCAGUGAUGACUGCCCCUUGGACAACACAGAUUUUGUUAGGAACCGCAAAGAGCGCUCCACUGUCCUGGUGAGGCGCUUCUUCAGGAACAAUCAGAAGGUGACCAAAUCGGUGUGUACUGGAACCCGAGCGAUUGUCAGGACGCUGCCUUCAGGAUGCAUUUCAGAACAAGUGUGGGAGAAGGUCAUUUACCUCAGGAUAUGGAAACCUACUAAGGAGGAUAUGUGGCCAAUUUUAACACGCGGUAUGGGAGAAGACUUCAGAAUCUGCAGGGGGAUGCUGCGCUUUGUUCGGGUUAAGCCAGAACAGGUUACCAGCUGUGUGCAGGAGAGAGAGGACGUCAACCUGAUUCAUCCUGCCAAGAAGCUCCUGCUGUAUCUUCAUGGAUGUGUGUGUCUCAGGGCGUCUCACUGGCUGGUACACGCCGUCAGCGACAGUCCAGCAUCAGCAACACCUGAUCUGAACUCCUGCCUUAAUCCUUCUCAGCCACUGAGGUUGUAUCGAUCUUGUGGCCAGAGGACGUCAGUGUGUUCCCUGCUGACUGGGGCCCUGCAAGAGGCCACGGCCGCUCUUGGAGCCCGCUGCCCUCUGCCUUACGUGCUGCCUCAGUGUCCCAACAACCACGGCGUGCUGAAAGAGCGUCAGCUGGCCAGCAGUAUGACCAGCAGCAGCUCCCUUCCUCCCAGUGUCAGUGGGAUCAGUAAGGAGCUGGCAGAGCUGCGGCACCUCAUACAGUUCCCUGAGGAAAUUGCUUGUAUCCUCACAGAGCAAGAGCAGCAGCUCUACCAACGGGUCUUUCCCUUGGAUUACCUCUGUUUCCUCACUCGAGACCUGGGCAGUCCUGACUGUCAAAGCAAACGCCACCCAAACCUGAAGUGUUCACUGUCGGCGCCUAACAUGCCUACCCAGAAUGCUCAGCGGAGUAACGCAGUAGAGGACCUGGUGGCACGUUUUAAUGAGGUGAGUUCAUGGGUGACGUGGCUCGUCCUCACAGCAGGGUCCAUGGAGGAAAAAAGAGAGGUCUUCUCCUACCUGGUCCAUGUUGCUAAAUGCUGCUGGAACAUGGGCAACUACAACGGCGUCAUGGAGUUCCUGGCAGGAUUAAGGUCUCGUAAGGUGCUGAAGAUGUGGCAGUUUAUGGACCAGUCAGACAUCGACACCAUGAGAAGCCUGAAGGACGCCAUGGCUCAGCACGAGUCUUCGUCUGAAUACAAGAAACUCGUGACCAGAGCUCUGAACAUCCCAGGAUGCAAGGUGGUGCCAUUCUGUGGAGUUUUCCUUAAGGAACUGAGUGAAGCCUUAGACGGAACAGCAAGCAUCAUCAGCCUUAAACCAUCUCCGGACAGCACAGAGGGCUCUAUAGAGUUUGUGUCCGACUACAGCGGCCAGCACAACUUUAUGUCGCGGUCGGGUCCAAAUGGCCUUCACGUUCCAGAGAAGGAAGCCACGGUUAACAGCAUCCUGCAGAUCAUCCGAUCCUGCAAUCGCAGUUUGGAAACGGAAGAUCCUGACGAGGCCUCCACCAGUCCCUCCUCCACUGGACCGUCACCUGCACUGAGGAGCAACUCUCUCAGGGAUCGUUGCCACAAUCAGUUCAUGGUCGGGGACUUGUCUGAUUCAGACGGUGACUUGUCGUGCGAGACGGCCAUGAAGGACGUCGAGUUUCAGGGCACUGAGGAGACGCACCAGGCUUUCAGCCACGGCACUGAGCUCAUCCCCUGGUAUGUGUUGUCGCUACAACCGAACAUCCACCAGUUUCUGCUGCAGGGCGCUACAGUCAUCCACUACGACCAGGACAGCCACCUCACAGCUCGCUGUCUGCUGCGACUCCAGCCCGACAACACAACACUUACCUGGGGUAAGCCUCAGAGUGGAGGAGCUUCCCCCUCAGAUCAACCACUGGGAUUAGGACAGACCGUAGUGGCAGGAUUAGCAGAGGGACUGCUGGACCUGGGAGUGCUGAAGGCCGUGUUUCUGGGUCACCAGGGAGUGGACGUCCAUGCAGUGUGUUUGCAGAACAAGCUGAGCCAGAUGACGGUGGAGGAGAAUGGCCUCAGCCUCCUCUACGGUCUCAGCACCACUGACAACAGGCUUCUGCACUUCGUGGCCCCCAAGCACACGGCACAGAUGCUUCAUAAGGGCCUGUUAGAGUUGGUGAAUGCAACCAGGAAACUGAAGAAGUUUCCCGACCAGAGGCUGCAGUGGCUGAGGAGGCAGUACGUCAGUCUGUACCAGGAGGACUGCAGGUAUGAGGGCCCCACACUGGCCCAGGCCAUCGAGUUGUUUGGUGGCCGCAGAUGGAGCAUGAGCACAAGUGGGAUGGAGAAAGCCGGUGCCCAGAAGAACAGCCCGCUGAGCAAUGAUAAGGCCAAGAAGAAGAAGAAAGUCCUCGUCAGGGGAGACAGUGGAGAUGCCACAGAUGAUGAGAUGGUUUCCAGAAAAACCCGGAGCUGCAAGGACGGACUGUAUCGGAACGGACCCGAGUCGGACAGCAUCGACCAAGAAGAUCCAGAUGACAACUUCCCAGGACCAUUCUCGCUUUCAUCCAAUAAGAGCCCUGGAUUGCUUGCCUCUUCGUCCUCAUCUUCUUCUUCCUCCAGCAUGGCAGGGUCCAGUCAGUCCCGCCCACAAUCCUCUCCAAUCCUUUCCGGAACCGCUAAGUCACAGCCAGGGGCGUGGAGCAGCAGGUCGUGGCACGGCCGAGGUAAAGGCUGUUUCAGAGGCUUCCAGAACCUCAUGAUUUCUGACAGCACCAUGAGCUUCAUCGAGUUCGUUGAGCUCUUCAAGUCGUUCAGCAUUCGCAGCAGGAAGGACCUGAAGGAGCUGUUUGACACCUUUGCUGUCCCCUGCAGUCGAUCAAGUUCAGAGUCGGCACCUCUCUACACCAACCUCCAAAUAGACGACAGGGACACGGGGCUGCAGCCAGACCUCGACUUGCUCACCCGCAAUGGUUCUGAUCUCGGCCUGUUCAUUCGGACGAGGCAGCAGAUGUCCGACAACCAGAAGCAGAUCUCGGAUGCCAUUGCGGCGGCCAGCAUUGUCACCAACGGCACGGGAGUGGAGAAUGUGUCACUCGGUGUCUUGGGACUGGCUCUCCCCCAGCUCAACGACUUCUUAGUCAACUGUCAGAGAGAGCACCUGAGCUAUGAUGAGAUCCUCAGCAUUAUACAGAAAUUUGAGCCCUCGUCAAGCAUGAGACAAAUGGGCUGGAUGUCAUUUGAAGGUUUUGCAAGAUACUUGAUGGACAAAGAUAACUUUGCCUCUCGUGAUGAGGAGUCCCAGGUGGACGAGGAAGAGCUGCACUAUCCUCUCUCCUACUAUUACAUCGAGUCUUCACACAACACGUAUCUGACCGGACACCAACUCAAAGGAGAGUCCUCUGUCGAGCUUUACAGUCAGGUGCUGCUGCAAGGCUGUAGGAGUGUUGAGUUGGACUGCUGGGAUGGAGAUGAUGGGAUGCCUGUUAUUUACCAUGGACACACGCUCACCACAAAAAUCCCCUUCAAGGAUGUGGUGGAAGCAAUAAACCGGGCUGCGUUCGUCAAUUCUGACAUGCCAGUCAUCCUGUCCAUAGAGAACCACUGCUCCCUGCCACAGCAGCGCAAAAUGGCCGAGAUAUUCAAGACUGUGUGUGGCGAACGCCUUGUGACCCGCUUCCUCUUCGAAGGUGACUUCAGCGACGACCCUCACCUGCCGUCGCCGCUGCAGCUGCGUGGGAGGAUCCUCCUCAAGAACAAGAAGCUCAAAGCCCACCAGGCACCGGUGGACAUUCUCAAACAGAAGGCUCACCAGCUGGCUCACAUGCAGGCCCAGGCCAGCAAUGGAUCGCCGGGGGUUACUUCACCUGGCAACCACACAAAUGAGGAAGAGGACGAGGAUGAAGACGAGUACGACUAUGACUAUGAGUCUCUAUCAGAUGCUGAUGUCCUCACAGCCUCUACCGCCUCUUAUGGCCUGGAAGAUAACAUACUGGAUGACAAGCCAGAGGGGAAGAGCUCGGCAGACAAAGAAGAGCAGCCUGUCGACGAAAUCCCGAAGAGAAUGAAGAAGGGUGACAACACCACACAGAGCAAAGGAAAGGUGUUCGACAUGGAGCUCGGCGAGGAGUUUUACCUCCCCCAGAACAAGAAAGAGAGUCGACAGAUUGCCCAGGAGCUGUCGGACCUUGUCAUCUACUGCCAGGCUGUGAAAUUCCCUGGCCUGUCCACACUGUCUCCAUCAGGCUCUGGCAGAGGGAAGGAUCGCGGGAAGAGCAGGAAGUCCAUAUUUGGCACGGCUCCCACCCGCUGCAGCACAACGGGGGAGAUCACAACUCUGAACCGCACGCCUGGGAAAGGUGGCGCAGAGCGGCUGAGUUGGGAGGAGCAGCAGACGUCCCCCGUCCUCAACCCGCCCACCUCGCUCAGCGCCAUCAUCCGCACGCCCAAGUGCUACCACAUCUCCUCCGUGAACGAGAACGCCGCCAAGCGCCUGUGCCGACGCUACUCACAGAAGCUGAUCCAGCACACUGCCUGCCAGCUGCUCAGGACUUACCCAGCAGCCACCAGGAUCGACUCAACGAACCCAAACCCUCUGCUCUUCUGGCUGCACGGGAUUCAGCUGGUGGCGCUCAACUACCAAACCGAUGAUCUGCCGAUGCAGUUGAACACAGCUUUGUUCGAGGCCAACGGCGGCUGUGGCUACGUCCUGAAGCCAGCUGUUCUGUGGGACCGUGGCUGUCCGCUUUAUCAGCAGUUCUGCCCGAUGGAAAGGGAUGUGGAGAAGAUGAGCCCGGCCGUCUACUCCCUCACUAUCGUCUCCGGUCAGAACGUGUGUCCCGCUAACAGCGCCGGCAGCCCCUGCAUUGAGGUGGAUGUUCUGGGCAUGCCAGUCGACAGCUGCCACUUCCGCACCAAGCCCAUCCACCGCAACACCCUCAACCCCAUGUGGAGUGAGCACUUUCAGUUCAGCGUGCACUUUGAGGACAUGUGCUUCCUGCGCUUUGCCGUGGUGGAGAACAACAGUUCCCAGACGACUGCGCAGAGGACUCUGCCCCUGAAAGCCCUCAAAGCAGGUUACAGACAUGUCCAGUUAAGGACGCAGCAUAAUGAGCCACUUGAAGUUUCCAGCUUAUUCAUCUGCAGUCGCAGAACAGAGGAAGGUCCUGCGGGGGGCGCCACUCCCUCUUCCUUGCUGUUCAGUGCAGAGGAGAAACACGCCGCCCAGCAGCACCGGGUGACGGUGCAUGGAGCUCCUGGUCCUGAACCCUUCGUGGUGUUCUGUGUUACUGAGCAGACCACUGCCAAGCAGCUGCUGGACACGGUUGUGGCCUCCACGGGAAACGCAGCGGACCACUUCCUGUGCGAGGAGAGGGUUCCUCUGCUGAAGGAGCGCAGCGAGGUGAAGCGCUGUGCGCAGCAGCGCCCGCUAGCGCCCGAGGAGGAGGUGGUGAGACUGGUCUCCAGCUGGAACAGCGACGAGGGAUACGUCGGGAGGAUUCUCCUCAAAACAAGAGACGAGAACCUGAAUGAGAAGAACACAGCGGUGGACAGAGAGGAGGAGGUGACUGUGGGAAGCAGAGAAGGAGCAGGAGGAGGUGGUGGAGGAGGAGGAGGAGCAGGAGAAGAUGACAUGUUCUUUGUUCAGGUUCAUGAAGUUUCCCCAGAGCAGCCUCACACUGUGAUCAAGGCCCCGCGCUACAGCACUGCUCAGGACAUCAUUCAGCAGACUCUGUCAAAAGCCAAGUAUUCCUACAGUAUCCUUUCAAACCCCAAUCCGUGCGACUACGUCCUGAUGGAGGAAGUGACCAAGGAGACGGGCUCGAAGAAAUCCUCCGCCGCCAAGCCUCUGCAGCGCGUGCUGCUGGAUCACGAGUGCGUCUACCAGGCGCAGAGUCGCUGGCGCGGCGCCGGACGGUUCAUUCUUAAACUCAAAGAGCAGGUGGUGCGGGAGGACAAAAAGAAGGUAAUGUCCUUCGCCAGCGAGCUCAAGAAGCUGACCAGUCGCAGUCGCAGCAUGACCACUGGCAGCGGAGUGGACGGUCCUGCCCAGAGGUGUCUGUCUGCGGCCGCAGGCCUGAGGGCGUGGGUGGCAGAGGGCAGGAUGGGGGCAGGGAGGUUCCUACAGUCUGCUUCCUCCUCUUCCUUUAGGGGGCAACUCCAACCUGUCCAUCUGUCCACCUCGUCUCUGACCCCGCUCGUCUGGAAGCUCCACCUCCUCAGGAACUGGAAGAUCCACAAAUGAAUUUCCGGAAGGAGAAGAAGGACAGAGAGACUUGUGCUGACUACUUCUACACGUGACGACGUUCUCCUUCAGCAGGAGAGGUUUCAUUUAGGCUCUGACACACUGUAGAAUAUCUCCUCCAUGCCCUGAGGGAGUCUGAUGCUGCCUUGUGUUAGUGGAGCAGGUGGAGGACAGAGUUCAGGUGGCGCUCUGCCUGCUUGAGUGAUGGGAAUCCCGCCCAGCGUCACUCUCGAUGGCGUCAGUGACUCCACGUGCAUUGCUUGCACGUGGAGUCCAGAGUGUGGGACGAAUAAUAGUUUUUGUGUUUAGAUGACGUUAAAGUGCACGUUGACUAGUUGGGUCGCAAUAUUUUGAUGGGUUAUGACAGCAACAUGCGUUUCCUGAUUGUAGCCCCUGAGGGACCUCAGAAAGAACAGAUUUUAGCCAAUUAUUACUCCUAUGGUAGUCUUUUUUGACUGUAACCUGGAGUUUAUUUCACUCUAAUAUACCACCGAUUCCCUGUGCCAAAGUCCAUAGAGAAACUCUGCAAUUUUACCUAAUAACACACAGGAGCUGUUGAUCCACUGCUGCCUCCAUCAGUGAGUCUAAAUGUGUUCUUUUCUCUCUUCUGCGUUUGAAAUCCUUCCUUCUGAUUUAUUUAUGUGACACAAACUUACCAAACAAGGCAGCAGCACACCAGCAGCGCCUGUGUCCCCCGCGAGCUUAAAAUGCUGAUUUUUUUUUUAUGGACUUUGGUGCAGGAGAGCGCGCAGUUUACGAACUUCAAUUUCCAUUCUAUAGCGGCGAGAUAAAGCGGCGAACAUAAUUCUUAAGAUAACACACACUCGAGUGUGUGUUGAACAGGGCUCUCAAACUCACUUUUUGGGAAGAAGCAACUGUUCAGGAGCGGUGUUUUUUUCACAGAAUUUCAAAA